CAUUUAUAAUGUAUAUCUAAUUAAAGCAUAUUGAAAUAAAUGCCUAAUCUAACAGAUCUUCACUGGCUCCCCCCCUACACCGGAUUUGGUUCAGCCCUGGGGUUACAGGAAGUUGUAGCCGCUGCCAUGUUUAGCUGCUUUGUUGUAGAUUUCUUGCAGAUUUUUUGAAGUGUUGCAAUGGAGCCGAGCUGGAGUUCCUUCUUAUUUCAGCAGGCCAAUGAAGCCCUCCACCACCAGCACCAGGUGGCCCCCAACAGCCUGCUGCCUCUGCUUAACUCGGGGAAUGAGCCGCAGGAUCAGAAGCCCAUCAUGCCCAUCCCACUGGACCAGAAGCCCCCAGUCAGUGCGGCCGAACUCCUGAAGGACAACGUAGCCAGUGGGACGGGGGCUGGUGGAGGGGGCGGCGGGGGUAAUGGUGGCGGCGGGGGGCCCAUGCCCAUCAUCAAGAAGGAGCACAAAACCAAGACGCCUUUCAUCUGCGGCUACUGCAACAAGGCCUUCCGAGACAGCUAUCACCUGCGGCGGCACGAGUCGUGCCACACGGGCGUCAAGAUGGUAUCGCGGCCUAAGAAGACGGCGCAGACGGCGCCUACCAUGGUGCCCCUGAUCUCCACCAUGCCGCGGGAAAACAGCGGCAACCCCUCCUACAUCUCCACCAUCGCCGGCAUCCUUACCACAGCCACCACCUCUGCCUCUACCGGCUCCAGCGUGAUGACUCCUGCCUCCAUGACCGGUGUGGGCCAUCAGACUGCACCCAAAAAGCCAGCCAAGCCUGUGAAGAAGAACCACGGCUGCGAGAUGUGUGGCAAGGCCUUCCGCGACGUCUACCACCUGAACCGCCACAAGCUGUCGCACUCGGACGAGAAGCCCUUCGAGUGCCCCAUCUGCCAGCAACGAUUUAAGAGGAAGGACCGCAUGACGUACCAUGUGCGCUCACACGACGGGGGCGUCCACAAGCCAUACGUCUGCUCAGUGUGCGGAAAGGGCUUCUCAAGGCCUGAUCAUCUCAGCUGCCAUGUCAAACAUGUGCAUUCCUCAGAGAGACCGUUCAAAUGCCAAGUAACGGCCUGCACUUCCGCCUUCGCCACCAAAGACAGACUGCGUUCGCACAUGAUCCGGCACGAAGGGAAGGUCACCUGCAACAUCUGCGGCAAGAUGCUCAGCGCCGCCUACAUCACCAGCCAUUUAAAGACGCACGGCCAAACCAACUUCAACAACUCCUGCAACAAAGGAGACUGGCAGUGGAAUUCCUCAGGGCUGCGAAAAGACAGCAAUGAAGUCUGCAACUCUGCCUCCGCCACGCCCAUCACUGUCUCUGCCCCGAUUACCUCGGUGAUGAACCGCGGCAACACCAGCAACCCAGUCACCAUUGCCGCACAGAUGAACAUCACCACCAACACGGUGAACAUCACCUCUCCGGUGAGCCUGCAGCACCCAGUCACGAUCACGGGGCCGGUCAACAUCGCCUCGGUCAACAUCCCCACCUCGGCGCCCAUGAACAUCACCCACCCGGUCGCCAUCACCACCCCCAUGCCCAUGAACAUCGCGGGACCCCUGAACAUCGCCAUGAGACCCAUGGAGAGCAUGCCUUUUCUGUCCCAAAUUCUGCCUUCCUCGCCGCACUGGUAAACGAGGCAGAACUGACUCCUCAAGCCUCCCAACUUGAACCUGAUUCUCCUUACCAGCUGACCUGCUCCCCCUGCACCCCCCCCUGACCGAGCCUUCCCCCCUCCCCUCCCUUCCCCUCCCUGCCCAAAACCCUGAGAGAGUGUUUACUCUUGCAGUGUGGUUGAAAGCUUUCAGCUGCAUUGCGAGCGUCGCUGCAUCACAAACCCAGCUGAGCUGAUGGAGUUUUCUACACGUUAGAGAGGGUUUUUCUUCUCUCUGAAGGAUUGCUUACCUAGUUUUCGAUUGUGAUGCGCAGAACACAAGUUCUUCCGACGCCCUGAGGGAGUUGGACGACUCUUUAGCAACACUGAGCAUGGAGGAGACCUUGGUGACUGGAGAGGUUUCUUCUUAAAAAAAAAAAAGGACAAAUGCAAUAAGUGCUGAUUUUAUUUUUUUUAUAUAUAUAAAGUUUUCGAUGGUUAUUUUUCCCAGAGCUGUGGGAGAUUUUUGAGUUUAGCUGUAGUCUGCUUAUCAGUAUUUAAGGUUUUUUUUGUGGGAAAUGAGUUCAAAAGGGACAGGCUUUCAUUGGGAGGGAUUUGUUUUAAAGGAUUUUUUUAUUAUUAUUUUGGGGGUUACAGAAAGUGGUAGGUGUGAGUGUUUAUGAUUUUAAGGUACAGUAUGUUGUAUCUUGUACAGUUGCCUAUGCUGGCUCGUUGUGUUGUUACCAACUACAGUUGAGAAUGGUUAUUUUUUUUUUUUCUUUAGCACCGGUGUUAGGACACUGUUGAUCAUGACUGUUAUUUUUUUUUUUUUUGUCUAUGCUCCGUUUAUUAAGGAUGGCUGGGGUGUGCUUUGUUUACUCAUGUUUUUUUUUAUUUUAUUUUUAUUAAACAGGAACAGAGGAAUCUUGCACUGAAAGCAUAUCCCUAGUGUAUGAAACAGUAUUAUCAGAGAUCAAAAUUGAGUGUUUAGGUAGCCAGCCUAGGUAUGACAGGGCCAUCUAGUGGUUGGUGUGAAUCUACACCUCAAAAGUUUUUAUUUGGACUCUUGAUUAUCAAGUUGACAGAUAAAUUAGUAUGUAGUAUUUUAUACCCUUAUUUUUAAAUCGUAUGAUCUUUUAAAACUUUAUUAUUUUUCUUUUUUCAAGGACCCUGUUAGUACGGAUGUUCUGCUCAGGAAAUGUGCCCAGUGAACCCAGUAAACUCUUAUUUCUAUUAUCUUUUUAUUUUUUUCUGAUUUGUUUUGUAAAUAUUUCUCUCCAUUCAUCACUUUUUCUUCCUGGGGGACUGAAGAACCUAAACCAUGACUGAUCUCACCGUCCAUUAUUUAUGGAAUGCUUCCAUCGUGGUCCUUCAUUCGACUCCAUUGACUCUCCCCUCCUCCCGGUGGCUUUUGGGGGUUGUAGUCCCUCUCAAAGCCCUCAAACCUGGAGACCCACCAGUGUCCUACUGUGGGCCAGUGACCUGUUCGAGGUCUCCGAUAACUAAGGAAUUAGCUUGGCACGAUUCUCCAGAGCACCACUGCCUUGGGUGCCGGUCCCUCCUCUGCUCUGCCUACGUUUGGACUCAGGAGUUGAACUACUUUUGAACACACUUUAUUAUUGUCUGAGGGGACGGGUCUGGAAGGACACGUCCACCAUCAAGUCACUACGAGGGUUCGGAGCCCUGCCAAUGUGAUGCUCGGUACACUGUGUUGACCACUGUUGGUGCACAGCUUUUGUGUUUUAUGGUUUUGGUUAUGUUUUGUUUGAUUUGAUUUAUCAUGUGACUCGCUGCAACACUUGCGUGGUCUGUCGCUCGAGCAAAAAGGAGGAAGUGAAAACACUAAUUUAGACUUUUUUAUUUUAUUUUCUUUGUCUGUUUUUGAUGUUUUUGUUUUUUGGGGGUCCCCCAGUAGUGUGUCCUGCUACAGUCAGUGCCCGCUUUGUGCAAGGCAUUAUGUUUUAUCACAGAGGAAAGAAGAAACACAUGCAUGUGCUAGUUUUUAUUUUUUUAUGUUUUUUAUUUGUUCCUGAUUUUAGGUUCCACGGGAAUGUCUGUCUGCGGAACGGAGAGAAAGUAUUGAUUUUAUGUAUUUUUUACGGAAAAAGAAACUACAUGCAUUACAAUUGCCUCUUUGCCAAAUUCAAACCAGUCUUGAAAUGCAAUGAAUUGACCAGUAUGAAUUGAGUCGGACGUCAUUUUUGAUUGACUGUUUCGAACCCCUGUGAAGGCAGUUGAAUGUAUAUCUUUGUACAAAAAAAAACAAAGCAGCUUAGAUCUGAGGAUGUGGUAGUUACAGUACAAAUAGACACGUGAAAGAAGAAAAAAGCAAGAUAACCUUUUUAUAAAAUAAAAAAAAAAAAACUUUUGUAUUAGAACAUUAACAACGGUAAUUUUGUACAUAUGAAGACUAGGCUUUCUGAGUAGCAGAAAGGAAAACAUUCCUACAUUUUUUUAAAUGUAUGUUUGUCAGAAAUAAUUAUGUAAACAUGCGCAAUGUUUUAUGUGCCUUUUAUUUGGGUUGUCUAAAUAAAAGAAAACUAUAAAACAUG